GUCAGAUUAAGUGUCUUACAGACAAAGUCUAUGAAUGUCAAACUCCUUGUACCAAUCGUUUCAAUGCUAUGGAAUCCAGCAUAGUCAGGGGUUGCCUACCAUGGCGAAUGCCGCUCUCUCACCACGACUCGAAGUAAAGGUGAGUCCGUUUGCUCAGGACUGGGAAGCAAGGCAGCAGCCAGCCUACUAUAUCUACUCCACUGCUAUCCUGCUUCGUCCUUCAUCCGCCUCAACCACAACACUCCCAAUUCGAUAGGCCACGCUUUCACUAUGGACAACAACGACAUCUUCUUCCACGACCCAUCGCCCAACUCCAGCGAUGCACAACCCUUCAAGUAUACAAAGCCGGCCGAUGACUUCCGCCUCCUCUCCCUCUCCCCAUCAUCAGUCCUCUACCUCGCUGUCAUCACCCCGCACAAAGACAAGUACGAGAUCCACGGCCCCGUAUCCUCGUUCGACCAAAUGCUCCCGAAGAUCGAAGAGAUCGCAUCGGACAGCCCAUCCGCUCUCGACAAGUUAGAGGCAUUGCAGUACUCCGCACCAGACGUGUGGGGCGAGCAAGAAAAGAACACGGACUUCGAGAAAGAAGGCUUCACUACUUUCGUCGUCGACGGCCAACGCGGCACAUACACGGUCCUCGAGAUCCUGCGCGAGCAGAACCCCAAAGUUCGUGAGACCCUCCCAGCGCCCGUCUACACCGUCACGCGCCACGGCCCACUCAUCCACACUUUCUCUGGCGUCGGGGUGAAGACGAAAGUCGAUGUUGCCAAGGGCGUUGCUGCUACAUCCACCUUGGUGGGCAGUUUCGUCGAGCGCAAGGAUGCGAAGACUGCGGCGAAGGUUACUAUGGAUAUGUUGGUCGGUGGCGAAGGCAUGGUUAGUAGGACCGAGGACUGGGGUAAGGGCGAGGGCGGCGGGGUGUUGCUUGCGAUGGGGAGGGGGAAGAGGUGGGAGGUUCGAGUGCAGUAUGAGGAUGAGGCGCUGAGGAGGGCGAGGGAGGGCGCGGAUACUGAGGGUGCGGGGGUGGGAUGGCGGUUUUGA